AUGUCCGCCAAUCCUCUUCCCGCCCAAACCUCUACCUCGCCGCUCGGUCGGAAUCGCUCCUCUCUUCUGUCCAAGUUUCGUUCACAGCUCGGUCAACGCAAUCGCGCUAUAACCGAUUUCUACAUCGAACCCGAUGACCCUUGGCGAUCCUAUUUUCCCGGCGAUGUGAUUAAGGGAACGGUGUCUCUUACGGUCGUCCGGCCUGUUCGCAUCACACAUUUGGUUAUCUCUUUGCAUGGAAUCGUCAAGGUAUUCAAAAAUAAUGUCCCAGCGGGUGAGAAUCCCCCAGAUGUUGGGUCUCUGGGCCCUGGGCGCGGGCGCCGAGGUGCUGAGUACUUGGGCAAUGGCGUCGCAACAUUGUUCGAAGAUGAGGUGGUCCUUUGUGGAGAAGGUCGUCUCAAGGAAGGGAUCUAUAAGUUCCGAUUCGAGAUGUCCUUUCCCCCAUACGCAUUACCUAGCAGCAUCAGCUUCGAGAGAGGCACUAUUUCUUAUAUGCUUACGUCCACCCUGACGAAACCCACAACCAUAAAUCCGACUUUAUCAUGUCGGAGGCGCAUUAACCUUCUGGAAAGCAUUGACAUUGCGGGCUUUCCGGCACCCAAGCCUCGAGUAGUAACACUUGAGCCCAUCUCCAAGCGCUCAAAACAAAAAGGGAAAACAAAGCCGCCAGGAUCCGAUGCUCCUGAAUCUGCGUCACUGGAGCCGUCGGCAAGCGGGGGAAUCGCCGUUCCAGAACAUCGCCCUCCUCUCAGUCCAGCACCCAGCAAUGUUAGCUCAUCUAGUCGACUAAGCAACAGCAGCCAGAGCUUUCAGAUCGUGACGGAUCCGGGGUCGGCCGCCAGUAGCGGUGCUCGAAACAGUGAGGGCCGGAGCAUCACCCCCUCUGUUGCUGAUGGGAUAAUCACUGCUAAGGCUGAAGUUCUGCGCGCUGGCGUGCUGCCGGGGGAUACAUUGCCCAUAAAAAUCACCAUCAAUCACACAAGACAAGUGCGCAGCGCGCACGGCAUCAUAAUUACUCUCUAUCGGUCAGGCCGCAUCGAUCUCCAUCCUGCCAUCCCGAUGGGUUCCACUGCGAAUGGGAAGAAGCUAGUCUACGAGGACUAUUAUCCGCGUUCCAGAACAGGCUUGGGUGGUCUAACUAUUGGCACCUCCAGGGCCAGCAGCACUUUUCGGAAAGAUCUGUCGCAGACUUUCGCGCCCUUAAUUGUGGAUCCAACGACCCUGACGGCCGAUAUCAAGACCUCAAUUCGCAUACCCGAAGACGCUUUCCCCACCAUUACUCGCACGCCAGGUAGUAUGAUCAAUUUCCGUUACUAUGUCGAAGUGGUUGUUGAUCUGCGCGGCAAGUUGACAUCUCCGGAGCGUUUCCUCCCGCGAUUCAACCUCGUUUCUUCUGGUCGCAACUUUUCCUCAAAUGGCAAAGUAGUGCAUCCGGCGGAUACGAGUGGAAGCGCUAUCACGGCCAAUUGGGGUGACAACAUCCUAGAUACAGACCAGAUUCGUCGUGAGAAGGGGGUCGUUGCUGUAGUUUUCGAGGUGGUUAUUGGGACGCAAGAUACGCAGAGACGAAAAAGUGAAGCCCGGCGCACAUCCUCUGCUGCGGAUGUGACGGACAUUCAACAGCCCGUUGAAGACGGAGAAUUCCAGCCCUCUGACACCCAGGGCAACACAGCUGGUCCGGAGCCGGAGUACGCUCCACCGGAAAAUGCUGAAUGGAGACCGGAUCAAAUGCAAUGGCCAGACUACUCGGAUCACUCGCACCCGGAUCAAUAUCCAUUCCCGCCAGCGGACAUUCCGAGCCCCCAACCGGAUGAGCCGACUGACGAAAAAGCACGACUGCGGCACGCCGAACGAAUGCUCCUGCCUAGCCAGCCACCGGGAGAGGAGGCUGGACCCUCUUCAGCGGCGGAGGCUGCAAUGCCCACCGCUCCCGUACUGCCGGACGAUGACCAGUUGAACGACUACCACCAUCUUCCAUCGCCCGGUGUAAAUAGUAUGAAUGGGAUGUCACCAGCGUUGAUGUCAGCCGAGUCUGUGCAGACGGUCAUUGCAGGAAGCAGCUCUGCGCCUCUCGAUAGUCCGUCGAGGCCAAGUGAAGAUGAUAAGCAGGAAUUGGAGCGCCAGCGGCUAAUGAUGGAAGCCAGUGCGCCAAAUGACCCGGACGCCGGUCCUAACGAGCAUACGGAUGAUGGGCCAAGCGCACCGGUUUUCCGUGAUGAUGAUGAUGACCAGCAGCUUGUAGGAGGAGCUGCAAAUGGGGAUGAGCUUUUACCACGGUAUCAGCGGUGA